AUGGUUACCAAUUGUACUUCUUCAUUGGUUGUUAUAGCAAUUUCAUUAUCAAUAUGGAAUCAAAAAGAGUAUUUAAUAUACAAUGGAAGUCCACUAAUGCUACAAUCUUUUGGUAUUUUGGUGCAUGAUAGUCUGAAUGUUGUUUGUGAUUUUGAUGGGCUAAUAUUAACAUCAUCUGAUGAAUGUAUCCUCAGAAUAUCAAAAAUUAUGGAAAACAUAUUAAAAUUUAAGGAAGACGAUUUUGUUCCUGCUCGUAGAAAUAAUCCACCAGGUCGUAAAUUGUUUAAUCCUUAUGCCAACAAACCAAAAGAUAUUUGGCAAGAACAAUCACCCUCCUCUUAUCAAACAGAUAGACAUAGAGGGCCAUCUUCGAUCCAAAAUAAAAGCAAUGGAACUCAUAAAGAAACUUCUUCACAAACUGAAAUAAUUGCCAAAGCUCUUAAAUCUCUUACAAGAGAAAUCACUCCUUUGGCAAGAAAAUAUUUUGAGAUAAUUCAACUUAGUUAUUCAUUUGCAGCCAAGAAUGAAAUUGAAAUGAAAUGUUGGAAAUUAGGAUUUUAUUUACUGAUUGAACAAUUUCGAUAUGCAAUCAAAGAAGAAAAUAAUAGUCAUAGUAGAAAUAACCCAUCAUUAUUGAAUGAUGUUGCAAUUAAUCAAUUUUCAAUAUUUUUGAACGAAGCAGAAAUUUUCUAUAAGAAUUUGUUGAAGCAAAUUGCUGACGAAUCAAAACAAAAUGAGAUCAAUAAAACUUGCGAAAAAGGUGAAAAGAACAAACCACCAAAAUGGAUUAGAUGUGUGAGUUGCUUAGGUGAUAUUACUAGAUAUCGUUUCACAUAUGGACUCGAGGAUCAUGAACAUAACAAGAGUUAUUGGGCCGAUAAAUCCUCAAGAUGGUAUCGUCUGGGGAUUCAAUUGAACUCCAAUAAUGGCAAAUUUUAUCAUCAUUUGGCCAUUUUGUCUGGCCAGAAUGAACUUAAAACACUUUAUUAUUACUGUCGUAGUCUUAUUGUGAAAACUCCUUUUAUGACUGCUCGUGAAUCACUUGUCACUUUAUUUGAAGCCAAUAGAAAAUGUUUUGCUACAUUCACAAUUAAUGGCAAUAAUGCUAGUGGUGGCAAUAGCAAUAAUAAUAAUAACAUACAUCUAAAAAAAAAUCGCCGUGGCUAUUUACAAAGAGAAAUUAACAAUAAUGAUAAUAAAUCCACCAUGAAAUCAAGCAGUCAGACUAACCAAGUAGCAAAUCAAAGCAUUGAUAUGAUUAAUAUUUCAAGCCUUUACAAUUAUGGAAAUUAUGAAAAUUCAUCAUUGGGAAAGGCAUUAAGAUUACAACAAAGUUCUGCAAAUAUCGAUGAUUGUCUAAGUGUUGAUCCAGCAUUUUCUGAAGAGGUGAAACUUACUUUUAAUAUUAUGAAACAAUUCAUGACAAAAUAUCUUGAUUUUGAAUUGGUUCCAAAAAGUAAUGGUAAUUAUAACAAUGAAUUGACAGAAGGAUGGCUUAUUUAUUGCGAAGUUAUAAUGUUAUGGAUGAUUUCUAAAACCAACAAAAGUAUAUGGGAAAAUUUAAUUGGAAAAUCCAUAUGUCCUAAUUUCUGGGAUACAUUUUCAACAUUUCUUACAAGAAUUGUAAACCAAGUUUCGCCCUUUACUAGAGAUGAUAUAUUAAAUAAUAUUUCUAAAAAUGAUGACAGUGAUGAUGAUUCCAUCAUUAAUGAUAACAAAAUUAAUAAAUUGUUGCCUCCACCAUUAUCUGAAGAUUGGGAAUUACGUGGAAUUUCUUGGUUACAAACAUUAUAUGAAUCAUAUUCAUUUGAAAGCUCCAUCAGGUCCAAUUACAAAUUUGCAAAUUCUGAUGUUGAGGAUAUUAUCUAUUACAUUUAUAAUAUUAAUCAUAGUUUGGAAUUGGAUCCAGAUAGUAAAUCUCGUAGAAGAACAAGAAUUGUGGAAUUGGGUUUCCUGUUAACUAAAUUAAAAGAUUUGAAUACUAUAGGAGAUAAUGGUCAUGAGGCUACAAAAGAGUUCUGUGAUGAUCAAAAUCAGUCAAAUGGACCAAGGAAGUCUUUUGAUUGGUUUGAAGAAGUAAAUAAUAAGCUUAGCGAUGAGGGGGAUGAUGAAAUAAAAGAGUUAAAGACUCGUCGUCAAGAAUUAGAAAAUAUGUUAGCUACUAAAUAUAAGGGCACUCUCAACAAUUCACAACAACAAAAAAGCACUACCCAAAAAAAAUCAGCUUCAUCAUUGCUUUCUAAAAUUGUGCCUGGUUUUACUACACUUGUGGUUGAUACUAAUUGUCUUGUGGGUGAUUUAAAUUUGGUUAAAAAAAUAAUCCAAAGUGAUAAUUGGACUGUGGUAGUACCUUUAGUUGUUGUCACGGAAUUGGAUGGUUUAAAAUAUAAUUCAUCACCACUUGUGCAAACAAGCAAAGGAAAUUAUUUAACAAGUAUAGAUUUUAGUGAAGAGUUUGAUUUUGGUGAUGGAGAAGACAAGAAAAGAAACCUGGAUGAUCUUAUAUUAGGAAUCUGUUUAUGGCAUUCCACAAAUAUUGACAGAAAAUCAUUAUUUGAUAGUAAUAAUGGUACUGGUAACAAUAAUAGUGAGAUCGUUGUGUUGGUGACAAACGAUAGAAAUCUUCGUGUUAAAGCAAGAGCAAGAGGAGUUGAUGUUGUUGGAGUACAAGAUCUUUAUAAAUUGAUUUGA